ACUAUUGGACAUGUUGGAAGAGGAGGAAGAGGGAGGGUACAGGAGGCGCAAAGGGAAGAGGGAGAGGGAGAAAGAGAAAUCAAGAGAGCAGUUCUGACUCGGAUAAAGAUGAAAGUGGUAAUGACAUGAAUGAUGACAAUGAAGAAGAAAUAAGAUCUACUAUUGGACAUGUUGGAAGAGGAGGAAGAGGGAGGGGUGCAGGAGGCGCAAAGGGAAGAGGGAGAGGGAGAAAGAGAAAGCAAGAGAGCAGUUCUGACUCGGAUAAAGAUGAAAGUGGUAAUGCCAUGAAUGAUGACAAUGAAGAAGAAAUAAGACCAAUAACAAAGAAACCCAGGAAGCAGCUGUUUAUCAAUGAAUUUUCAAGCGUAUCCUGUCAACAUAGCUCAACAGUCAGUGUGUCAACUGAAAGAAUUGAAGACAGUCAUGAUGAAGAAUUCAAUGACUUAAGUCCUCUUCUUCCACUAGACUCAUCUUUGUUAAGUGAGGCAACAAUUCUGAUAAAAGAAUGCAGUUUUAAUCUAGAAGAAGAUCAGAACAAGGAAGAAGGAAAGGAGGAAGAACAACCAGAAGAGAGCAAGAAUGAAGGAAAGCAGGGAAAAAACCUGGAAGAGAACAAGAAUGAAGGAAAGGAGGAAAAAAAACUGGAAGAGAACAAGAAUGAUGGAAAAGAUGGAAAAAACCUGGAAGAGAACAAGAAUGAAGGAAAGGAGGGAAAAAAACAGGCAGAGAACAAGAAUGAAGGAAUGGUGGGAAAAAACUGGAAGAGAACAAGAAUGAAGGAAAGGAGGGAAAAAAAGUUGCUGAGAACAAGAAUGAUGAAAAGGAGGGAAAAAACAGGAAGAGAACAUGAAUAAAAACCAAAUAAUGAGGCUUUGUAUUGGAGAACACAUCAAAGUUACCAAUGGUAAAACUGAUUUUCCUGCUAUUGUUACUGACAUAGAUGAUUCUGGUGUAUGGGGCCAGUUUUUUAGAAGAAAAGGUGCAAGCUGGGCUUUAGAUGAAAUAAAGUAUUUCAUCAUGGAAAAGGACAUUAUUAAAUCUUUACAACCACCUGACUUGCUUCAAUUAGGUGGUUCCCGGUUUUCAUAUAAAUUUGUUGAAUUUUGAGUGUCAUUAACUUUUGUCUUCUUUUGGGGGGAAGGGGGGGGGGGAUAUACCACAUAUUGACAUUUAUUAUGUUUAUUAUAUGCCCUUAGUACCCCUGGUUUCUGGUGUGUGUUUAGUUAAAACAUUCAUUUCACUUGGCAUCUGUUGUCUCAAAAGUUAACACCUAUCACAUUUGGCCAAAUUAGCACAAAGAACUAUUUCCAGCACGGUGUUACUAGCUGUAAUUUAUACCAAAUACUGUAGCCUUGUCAAAUUUUUAAAUCUUGUUAUCGAAAAAUAUUUUUUAACCAUGCUAUUUAAAAUAAAAGCAGCAUUGUUUAGUGAAAAUGGUUUAUUUAUUUUGAGAAGAAAAUCAAAUCCUUCAACAACUUAUGUAGGUGGUGAGUAGUACAAAGUCAUAAAGCCCUCUUUUGGUACCAUUUUUAACUAAAGAAUAACAAAUUGAAGCAAGUAACAUGCCUUUGUAAUGAUAACCUUGUUUCACAUGCUGAAACUGAUCAAUAUAUUAUAAUUAGCUUUUCAAUUUAAAUGUAAGAUAAGACAUUUGUCAGAAUAGAGAAUGGAAUAAUAUUCUUGUCAUUGAACUCUUAGGUAAAAUGAGUCACUUGGUAAUUGCUGCUCAUUAAAUGUGUUAUAAAAGGUCAAAAUAAACUAUUUCUCAGAAGAAUAUUAUAUACACCACAUUACUUUACAAUUGUACAAUGACUUGCUUCAAUUUAUUAUUGUUAUUGUAACAUGUAAAAUGGUCAAGACAGAGCUAUGAAUUAUUCUGUUUAAGCUUUUUCUACAUUUAUGACAUGUGUAAUACAUUGAUGUUAGUUGGAAAUGUAGUUUCCAAUGGUAGUAAUUGUUUAAAUGGAAUUCAUAAUGUCAAAAAAUGAAUGUUACCUGUAUAUAUGUAUAUAGGAUAUGACAUAUUUUAUACUGUUACAACAUUUUAUACUAUUAGACUUGUUUUGUUUUAGAUAUUUUUACAAUCUUGUAGUUAUUUUUGUUACAUUUAAUGGAUUACGGGUAAAGCCUUUUUGGUGCUUUGUCCCAAUUAGCAAUUCAUUUGCGCCAAAAAUAAUGACCAUAUUUCAUUUGUGCUGAAUUACAUAACUUUCAUUAACACCAAUAACACAGGCAGAUACUAUAAAUAAAUGUAUAGCAUCAUUGAGUUUUUUAUUGAAUAAAUUAAUUGAAAUCCAGUCAACUUGAAAUUAGAGGCAUAUCUAGGUGGGACCUCGGGCAUUUGUCAGGGGG